UCUCAUUUCCGUGGCCGCUUUGACUAUCCCACCGCGCUGGAUCCGAGCCUCUGGUUCCAGCGGGCUGUAUUUGCUUCGUGUUAGAGCUGGUGGUCGACAAUACUGUCGUGACCACUAGACUGCAAGCUCGCUGUGGGCAGGGCUCAUGAUUCACUCCUCGCGCCUGGCAGAGAGCUUGCAAAUGAGCGGAGAAAGAGACAGAGAUAAACGUAGAAAAAAUGUACAGAUGGAACCAGCACAGACGCAAGCGCAGAGCGACCGCAAGACAGGUUUCCGCGGGAGUCUGGACCCAGCGGCGGGCGGAGUCCGGGUCGGGGGCGGGGCCUGGAUAUGGGGGCGGGCCCCGGAGCGGACCCCGCCCCCGUCCGUCCUCCAACGCGCUCCGCCGGCGCAGGCCGCUAGCAGCGAGGUUCCUGCCGCUGCUUCCAGGCUCCUCCGCGGCCGGGCGGCUCCGGGUGCGGGCGCCGAGAUGCGCCCCCUGCUCGGCCUCCUCCUGGUCUUCGCCGGCUGCACCUUCGCCCUGUACUUGCUGUCGACGCGACUGCCCCGCGGGGCGACGCUGGGCUCAGCCGGGGAGGCUGGAGACAGGUCACUGUGGUUCCCCUCGGACCUGGCCGAGCUGCGGGAACUCUCUGAGGUCCUUCGAGAGUACCGGAAGGAGCACCAGGCCUACGUGUUCCUGCUCUUCUGCAGUGCCUACCUCUACAAACAGGGCUUUGCCAUCCCUGGUUCCAGCUUCCUGAAUGUUUUAGCUGGUGCUCUGUUUGGGCCAUGGCUGGGGCUUCUGCUGUGCUGUGUGCUGACCUCGGUGGGUGCCACAUGCUGCUACCUGCUCUCCAGUGUUUUUGGCAAACAGCUGGUGGUCUCCUACUUUCCUGACAAAGUGGCCCUGCUGCAGAGGAAGGUGGAGGAGAACAGAAACAGCUUGUUUUUUUUCUUACUGUUUUUGAGACUUUUCCCCAUGACGCCAAACUGGUUCUUGAACCUCUCAGCCCCGAUUCUAAACAUCCCCAUCGUGCAGUUCUUCUUCUCUGUUCUUAUCGGUUUGAUCCCAUAUAAUUUCAUCUGUGUGCAGACAGGCUCCAUCCUGUCAACCCUUACCUCUCUGGAUGCUCUUUUCUCCUGGGAAACUGCCUUUAAGCUGUUGGCCAUUGCCCUAGUGGCCUUAGUUCCUGGAACCCUCAUUAAAAAAUUUAGUCAGAAAGACCUACAUUUGAAUGAAACAAGCAACGCUUACCAUCUAAAUAGUAGAAAGGACACGUGACCUGGAUCCUUUGGUUGCCACAUCCUUGAACUCUGUUGUUUAUUUGUGUAAUGGGUGUGGUCCUCUGAAGCCCCUCAUUGUUUUUAAAUUAUUCUCAACAGGUGAUGUGGACACUAUUCUUCUGUGUGCACUGUGUUAUCGUGAAGGACACUCUGUGCUCUAGAAGGUGAAUUAUAUCAGGUUCUCAAAUCAGCCCUGAUUUAGUAGGACACUCUGCAAGACGGAUGGCCUCCUAGCAAAUCCUGUUUGUAUUUUAUUGAUUGACAAGGAACUCAAGGUAGUCUGUUGUACUUGCCUCUUGCCAAGCCCUGAGCUGCCUCCAAAGAGGAUGCUGGCUGCCCUUGUCCAGGGUGCCUCUUCCGCGCAGUGAUCGGCUGUUGUGACAGGUGUUAUCCUUUUACAUCCCCCGUGGACAUGAUUAGUGUAGAUAAUGACAUGUGAACCCACAACACUGACCCCACUCUUCAUCUUGUUAGUCUCCUGAAGAGUGAUUCCUCUGUACUGUUUUGCUGAUGACCUACCUCUUCCAUAAAUCACGGGAAACAAGCUGACGAACUGCAUAGGAUUUCCAUGUAUGGCUCAAAACCACAGUGAUUGCUGUGAUGCUCUAUGUUCAAAUGCACUGAUAGUACCACAUAUGUCAGAUCUCUUGGUUGCAUGUCCUGACAAUUCAGCUGAUUGCAAACAGACUAUUAAACAUCAAUGGAGC